UUUGGUUUCGGAUUAAAACGAUGUUAGUGCAUUAAAUCGCAAAUUUUUUUUAAUGUUGUUUUUUCAUUUAUGUAGUAUAUAUAUAGUGAACAUCGAAUUAAAAUAAAUGAUUUUAGCAAUAGUUCUUAGAAAUGGUCAAUAAUAAUCAUUUUGAAAGCAAAAAAAAAGAAUUUUCCAUCGAGGAUUGUACUUAGAUAUUGAAUAUUCUAAAAAUAUGUCUGUUUAUUAUAAAUCAUGAUAAAUGCUUAUAUGUAACUCAUAAAAAUAAGCCUAUCUUUAAUUUUAAAUAUGGCAGUAUGUAAUGAUGAAAUUUCACUCCAAAAGCCUCGUUGGCUUGAUCCUGAUACAAUUACCGGUCUUUCAAAUAUUAACUAUGAAAUUGGUAACAUCAAUCGGAUCUCGGAUGUUAGCUAUGAAUAUUUUUUUACAAAAUAUAUGAGAGCCAAUAGGCCAUGUAUCAUAUCAUCAUCCGUUACCAUGAAUUGGAAAAGUAGGUUAGAAUGGGUGUCUACUGAUGGUCAACCAGAUUUCGAAUUUCUGGAGCGAAACUUUGGUUCUGCUGUUGUCCCAGUUUCAGACUGUGAUAGUCGAGAAUAUAAUUCUCAGUGCAAGGAAGAUAUGUUAUUUAAAGAUUAUCUUAGUUACUGGCAAGCACUGAAACAUAACACCAAAGACCAAUCUCGAUGUUUGUAUUUAAAGGAUUGGCAUUUUCAGAGACUUUAUCCAAAUUAUCAGGCUUAUGAGACUCCUAAAUACUUCUCUUCUGACUGGUUAAAUGAAUAUUGUGAAACACAAAAAGAUGACUUCAAAUUUGUUUACAUGGGCCCUAAAGGCACUUGGACUCCACUACAUGCUGAUGUUUAUGGAUCUUAUAGUUGGUCUGCUAAUAUUUGUGGCAGAAAAAGAUGGUUGUUAUUUCCCCCAGGACAAGAAGAAUGCUUAAAAGAUGACAAGAAGCAACUACCUUAUUUCCUUACAGAUAGUGAUUUACUUAAACUUAGUGUUGUUUAUUUAGAUGUUAUUCAAGAACCUGAAGAAAUCAUUUUUGUUCCUAGUGGGUGGUAUCAUCAAGUUAUAAACAUGGAAGAUACAAUUUCAAUCAACCACAACUGGUUUAAUUCGUGCAAUAUCCUGUAUAUAUGGCACUGCUUGUAUAAAACAGCUUUAGAUGUAGAAAAUGAAUUAUCAGAUUGCAAAUUAGCUGAUGAUUGGGAAGAUCAAUGUCAGCUGGUUUUAAGAACGCUGCAUGGGAUAAAUUAUGAAGAUUUUCUACAAAUUCUGAAAUUUAUUCUCGAAGAAAGAUUCAAUCACUUAACAUCACAUAGAAAAGAGGAUAAUUGGCUGCAGUUGUAUGAUGUAAUGUCUGUAAAAAGUGUUUGUUCCAAAAUAAUUCAGUGUAAAUUAUCAGAAAAACUGCAUUGUAUAGUAAAUGAUUUACAGCAUAGUGUCACAGAAUUUCUCUCAGAAAUUGAAGGUGAAUGUUAAACAGUAAUUUUACCGUACAUAAUUUACAACAAUGUGUGAUAGAAUUUCUCUUAAAGAUUGGAGGAUAGUAUUAAAUAGUAAAAAUUUUAUCUGUGUGUUAAUAUUUAGAAUUAAAUAUUGUAAUAUAUGUAUAAAACUCUUUGUGUGUGUGUGUGGUAACUGUGUCAUUUUAUUGUUUCCAAUCAAAUUAAAUAAGCAGCUUAUUUCAUUGAUGAAAAAUGCAUUCCAGUUGCAUGCUAAGAAAACUUACUAUUUAUUAUCAUUAGCUUUAAAUGAUAAUUAGCAUCUAAGAUAGUGCAUAUUAUUCUUUUUAAUUCUCUUUGAUGACCAGAUAAUGGCAAAGAGUUAGAAAAUAUUAUUUCCAAAUUAAUGUUUUUAAAUACAAUAUGCUAGAAAAAAUUUAUUUUCAAUCUUUUUUUUUUAAUCCCUGCUGAUCUGUUUUAAUAAAUAUUCAUUUAUUUCUAACAUUCUUCUUUCCAGAGUGGUUCAAAUUAAUAUUACAAUUGAGCUUCCAUAUGGAACUAAUUUGUCCGUCCUAUAAUCAUUCUAAAUAGUUUUACUUACCUUUCCCAUUGUAUCAAUUCAUAUCAGGUCUACAUUGGCUACUAAUGAGAUAAAAUAAAAACAGUUCUCUUCAAGGGUGCUGGAAUGACACUACCAAUUUUAUUUUCCAGUUAGUUAAAAAUAAGAAAAACACUUUUCCAAUUUUUUCAUACAAAAAAAAAAUCUAUUUUAAAAGCCAAUUCUUAGAAAUCACUCAUCUAUAAUCUAAAGUAAUAUUUUCCUUAGAGAAAUCCCCUUUUCAUAAUUUUUCUAAUUUCAUUAAGUCUUCAUAUUGGCUUUUAAUCUAAAUAAUCAAGGAGAAUAUUUAUUCCAUAUUUCCUUAAAAAAAUUUUCAAUGUAUCUUAUUUAAUAAAUUAUAUAUUUAUAUUGUUUACUUGCUCUCCACCUUGAAAUAAUAAGCUUCUAAAAAUUAUUUGAAAAAUCAUUUUUAAAAAGGAUUUCAUACCUGUUUUUAAAUUUUCAAUCACAUAUAUUUGAAAUUUUCUAAUCUUUUUCAUUAUCUAUGCAUGCAUGAAUUAUCUAUAUCUCCCUUAUUUCACUCACAGACUUGAAAAGUGAAAUUGAAACAGUAAGUUUUUAAAUAAUGUUAAAUAUUUACUUUUAUAUGUAGCUUAUCAACUAUUUCAUGACUUCUUCCUGGAAACCUGAUACUUCAGGUGAUUUGAUAUAUGUGUUUGUGAUAAGGAGAAACCGAAAGAUUGGAGAAAAAAAAUAUGACAGGUUUUCACUGAUUGAAAUCCUAUAAAUGAUAUGACAAAAUAAUAGGAACAUUUACAAUUGAUAUUUGUUGAAAAAUUGUGAAUAGGUAUGCACUGAAAAAAUCACUGUUCAGAUUCAAAAAUAAUUUUUUUUAAUUAAAAUCUACAAAUUUGUUAAAUUAUUAGAUAAAAAUGUAAAAUAAUAGUUCUUCAUUUCAGAAAACAUUCAAAAAAGUGCUAAAAAAUAUAGUUUUUUUUUUCAGCAAAUGUUAGAAAUAUAUUGAUGUUUUUUUUUUGUUGUUGUUUUUAAUAAUAAUAAUAGUGAAUAUGUGUAUGUGGUGGCUCUUUACAGCAGGUUAUUGGAACAGAAACUACCAAAUUUGGCAUAGAUUUGCUUUGGCAAAUGUAAUGUGCAUUUCUGUGUGAUUUUUUAAGAAUUUUAACUAUCUAGAAAUUAAAUGAAUAAACGAAUUUUUUUUUCAGCAUUACUUCUAUUAUGGCAUAAUUUUUACACCAUUUUAAAAUACAUAAAAUUAACUUUUUAAUAAUAUUUUCAAUUGCUGUGCAAUUUUUUAAUGAAUUUUGACAUUUUUUUUAAUUUUACCUUAUUAAAUAUUUAAUUGCUUUUCUUAUUCUAUGUUAGAAAUAAAGUUUUAUGAGGAAUAAAAAAAAAAUACAGUAUGUGAAAGUUGAAAGAUAAAUGAACAGACAACUUUUUUUUUUCUUCUCAAUACCAUUUUUAAAGGAUUUAACUCCAUUAGAAUGAACUGAUGAAAACAAUGAAAAGAACAUGUGUAAGGCUAAUAAAGUGAUGUGACUUAAUUGUCCAUUAUUAUUUAAUGUUCAAAAAUACUCAUUGAGGAUGUUAUGAACAUCAUGCACAACAAGAUUUAAUUGAAAUUAAGCGCAGCUAAUAUUUUUGACAGACCAGUUGAUUACUAAAGCGGUUGGUGCAGCAUAAAAUGCAGUUGAUUUUCAGCAGCUGUGGAUUCAUCCUUGGACCUGCAGAACCAACCCACUCCCAUAUUAAUUACAUAAAUGACAUGUUAAGAUAGAAAAUUUAUAUUGUUAUGGAAAAUAAUCCAAAAAAAACCUGUCCAUGGAAAAUUGAGUAGUCUCAAAAACAAAUAACGAUGCUUUAUUCUAUAAAAAAACAAGAAUACACAGUAGCAAAACACAGCCGAAGGAUACAAAAGAACUGUACUUGGAAUAAACAAUAGCACGCAAACAGAAAAUCGGUAAUAAAUAACUGCAACAACACAAAGAGCUCACUUGGGUUCAAUUCAAUUGACUCGAUGCUAACUGACUUCUACUUUUUUAUGGUUUCCAAAACAGGGCACAGAAGCUUCUAGAAGGAUCGGCAUAGCUUAGAUCCUAAUGGAGCUGACGCCAAGAUUCCUGCAGUUCCAGGAAUUUUUUAUUUUAUCGCCAAGGCCAGAGAGGUCAUUAGG